UCUUCUCUCUCACACUGUUUCUUUUUAUUAAUUAAUUCUUUAUUUUAGAUUUUUCUAAUUUCAUUUCCAGAAAGUGACGUUUCGCUUUUCCCAGCUCGCGGUUUGGAUGUGAGUAGCUCCAAAACAAUUCUCUUAUGUUGUUUCAUGUUUUCAAUCAUUGUUUACUGAUCAUGGUUUGUUGGAAAGGUUGUAUUACUGCAGUGAAGAUCUUAGAGAAAGGAGUGUUACGAUCGGUGUUUAAUACUAAAUCUGCCUGUUACAUUGAAUUUGUAUAUUGUUUGAGUAUAUUUUGAUUAUUAGUUAAGCCUGGCUUUCGAGAACUACCUUGAUUCGAGUCACCAAGGGGGCAUACCUCCCAUGGCACCUUCUCGGGUGGCAGGAGGUUUAGCCCAAUCAUCAUCAAGUUCUGGAAUUUUCUUUCAAGGAGAGGGACAGUCGCAUAAUUUAGUUAACUCUCACUUGAGUUCAUCUUUAGUUAACUCGUCUAAUACUGUACCUGGAACUGGUCACUCCAACCUUGGUCCAGUUCCUGGGGAUAUGAAUAAUGCAAUUUUGAACAGUGUUGCAAACUCAGCACCAAGUGUUGGAGCCAGUUCUCUAGUCACGGAUGCGAAUUCUGCACUCUCGGGUGACCGCCAUAUGCAAAGAAGUGCAAGCAUUAAUGGAGACUCGUACUUAAGAUUACCUGCCUCGCCUUUGUCAUUCACAUCGAAUAAUAUUAGUAUUUCUGGGUCACCUGCAAUGGAUGGUUCAUCUGUUGUACAGCAGAAUUCUCAUCAAGAUCAGAAUGCUCAACAAUUGCAGCAGAAUCAGCAGAAGCUUCAGGGUGGUUCAAGUUCUAUGCAUAUGCCUGCUUCUCAAACUGGAUCGUCUUCGCACCAAAUGGGUGCACAAGUGGCAGGAUCUUUCAUUCAAGAUCCAAAUAGUAUAUCUCACUUGCUGAAAAAACGUAGGCUGGAUAUCAAACCAGAUGAUAUAAUGCAACAACAGGUAAUACAGCAGCUUCUUCAGAGACAAGACCCCACACAAUUCCAAGGACGGAAUCCACAGUUACAGGCUAUGUUUCAGCAACAGCAUAGACUUAAGCAACAACAAAUCUUUCAGUCAUUGCCACAGGCCCAGCGGAUGCAAUUGAUACAACAACAGCAGCAACAGCAACAACAGCAGCAGCAACAAAUGCAGAGGCAGCAAAUACAACAACAAAUGAUGCAGCCCUCGGCUGGUGUGAAGCGGCCAUAUGAUGGUGGUGUUGGAGGCGUAUGUUCCCGUCGAUUGAUGCAGUACCUCUAUCAUCAAAGACAGCGACCAAGUGAUAAUAGUAUUGCGUAUUGGAGAAAAUUCGUGGCUGAAUAUUAUUCUCCUCGUGCAAAGCAACGGUGGUGCUUGGCAUUAUAUAGUAACCCUGGACACCAUACAGCUGGUGUUUUACCGCAAGCAACUACACAUGCUUGGCACUGUGACAUAUGUGGAGCUAAAUCUGGAAGAAGGGGAUUUGAGGCAACUUUUGAUAUACUACCCAGACUUAACGUAGUCAAAUUUGAUGGUGGAGUGAUCGAUGAACUUUUGUUUUUGGACUUGCCACGCGAAAUAAGAUUUGCGUCUGGUUUGAUGAUGUUAGAAUAUACAAAAGCAGUUCAAGAGUGUGUGUAUGAGCAGCUUCGUGUUGUUCGUGAGGGUCAACUUCGUAUUGUAUUUACUCAAGACCUAAAGAUAUUUUCUUGGGAUUUCUGUGUAAGACGCCACGAAGAACUUCUCCCUCGAAAGUUAGUUGCCCCACAGGUCAACCAAUUAGUUCAGGUGGCUCAAAAAUGCCAAAGUACAAUUUCUGAAAGUGGGUCAGACGGGGUAUCUCAGCAUGACUUGCAAUCAAACAGCAACAUGGUCCUAACUGCUGGGCGCCAGCUUGCGAAGAGUUUGGAGCUACAAUCACUAAAUGACUUGGGCUUUUCAAAAAGAUUUGUGAGAACUUUACAGAUUUCUGAGGUUUGCAAUAACAUGAAAGAUCUAAUUGAUAUCAGUUCUGAUCAAGAUAUCGGAGCAAUUGAGAGUUUGAAAAAUUAUUCGCAAUUUUCAACCGCGUCAAAGCACCAAAUGCAAAAGAUGCAGGAGAUGGAACAGGCAGCAAAUGCUCAAGGUCUCCCAUCUGAUCGAAAUACACUUAAUAAACUGAUGGCAUUGAAUCCUGGAUCAAACAAUCAUAUAACCAAUAAUCACAACAAUAUGGGCAAUCGCGGUGCUUUGACUGGGCCAUCACAAGCUGCUUUGGCAAUGUCCAGUUAUCAGAAUAUUCUCAUGAGGCAAAACUCGAUGAAUUCAAGUCCUAGCUCACUUCAUCGAGAAGGGUCCCCUUUCAAUAACCCGAACCAAAGUCCCUCGUCAGCUUCUUUGCAAGGUGCUGGUGCUGCUGCUAUAAUCCCCGGCUCUAUGCAGAAUUCACCUCACAACAGUAGUGGUGGUUUCUCAAAUCAGCAUAUAUCCGCACAACAACAACAGCAGCGGCAACAGCAACAGCAACAACACCUUCAACAGCGCUCGUUAAGUGCGAAUAAUUUACCUCAACAAAAUCACUCACAAGGACCUCAAGGAAAUCAAUCACUGCAACAGCAGAUGAUCCAGCAACUACUACAAGAUAUGUCAAAUAACAACGGCGGGGGAGUGCAACAACAGUCUCAUAGUGGACCCAAUGUAAGUGGGAAUAUGGCAAAGAAUAAUAAUUUGGGUUUUGCGGGACAAACUCCACCCACAACCGGAGGAGGCGGCGGCGGCUCUACCAGCGGUCCAGCAAAUAACGGACCUGUUUCAAGGAGUAAUAGCUUCAAAGCAGCUUCAAACAGUGAUUCUUCUGCAGCAGCUGGUGGAGGAAGCAACACAGGAUUCAACCAGAGAUCAUCUGACAUGCCCCCGCAGAAUCUUGCAUUGCAAGACAUAGCUUCCGAUUUCGCCAAUGAUUUUGCUGAUAACCCCUUCUUUAACAGUGAUCUAGACGAUAACCUGGGUUUUAACUGGAAGACAUGACUGAGUCAAGAUGUGAGUGUAAUUGGAAUUUGUUGUUCAAUUGUUUUAUCUUAUUAUAAUAUUAUCUUUGUACAGAUGAUGAUACUUUAAACAGUUUCUGUCUUAUUUUUCUUGUUUUCUUUCUUGAUGGAAUUUGUGAUGGAUGACUCUUACUCCAGUAGGUGGGUGUUGUAGAGAGAUUUUAUUUGAGGGUUGUUUUUUUUUCAUGGCCUGCAAGUGUAAUCUGCUAGUACUUUAACCCGUGCAACACACGGAGAGAUGAUUGUUGCUUGGUUGUAUACGUAUUGCAUUUUCAUAUUGAAAAGGUUAGUGAUGUAGACAUCAAA